CAAUAGCGCAUCUCCAUCACUUACACCUUCUACUGCUCAGCCUCGCACUUUUUAGGAGGGGGGGGAAAAAGCACCCCUGUAGACCGCACCACAAUUGGGGAUGUAGAGCCCGAAGGUGGAGGAACGGGAUGGAGUGCUCCUGGAAGACGGUGCUGCUGCUGGUGUGCGCCUCACUGGGAGUCCAGUACACAGCCAUCCGCACGCUGAGGGACUCACGGUCUGGACCGUGCCAGGGUGUCUAUCAAUGUCAGAGCAAACAUCACAGAGAAUCCAAUUGGAGAACUUUGUGCGAUGAGAGCUGGACGUCCACGGAGGCACCUCGGAAGCACAUCCUGUUGUUUGCCACGACGCGCAGUGGUUCCUCCUUCACCGGUCAGCUCCUCAACCAGCACCCUGAGAUCUUUUACAUGUUUGAACCUCUUUACCACGUCCAGCAGGCCUUCACCAACUCCAGUGGUAGACUGCGCCGCGGCUUAGACCGCCGGGCCCUCCUGGGCGCAUACAGAGACCUCCUGCUCAACCUGUACAACUGUGACCUUCACUUUAUAGAGAGCUACAUCCGCCCUGAGCUCCAGGACCAUGUCACUAAUUUUUUCUUUCGCAGAAGCUCGAGUCAUGCUCUUUGUUCUCCGCCGGUGUGCAUGGAAGGAGCAGAUGGACAAGUACUUGAGCCACCUGAAGAAACAUGGUGUACCAAAAAGUGUGGGGCACUGAACCUCACCUUAGCUUCAACAUCGUGUCUAUCGAGAGGUCACAUAGCCAUAAAGACUGUUCGGAUCCCUGAGGUGGGGGACCUGCGAACUUUAGUUGAAGAUCCACGCCUAGACCUUAAAAUCAUUCACCUGGUGAGGGACCCUAGAGCCAUUCUGGCCUCACGCAUGAUGGCAUUUUCGGAUCAGUUUCGCGCUUGGAAAAUAUGGAAUGCUACAGGACGGCAGCCCCGGUAUGUGGAUCUAUCGCAGAUCACAAGCACCUGCAAGGACAUGGUGGCCUCUGCAGUAACAGGCCUGCAGAAACCAGUUUGGCUGCAGGGACGCUACCUCUUGGUGAGAUACGAGGACCUGGCAUUCAACCCACAGCACAAAGCCACAGAGAUUUACCAGUUUCUUGGGCUGGAGAUGGAGGACAGGGUUCAGGCAUGGAUUACAAAGAACACCAACAGUAGUUUGUCUUCUCCAUCAGAAUGGAAUUACAGAUACUCCACCACCAGAGAUUCCAGGGUGACAGCUGAGAGCUGGAGGCUUCGUCUCGGCUUUGACAUUGUCAGAACCGUGCAGAAUCUGUGUAACAAAACAUUGGCCCUGUUGGGGUAUAAACUUGUUCAUUCUGCAGCCCAACUUAGAAACUUGUCUCACAGUCUAGUAGAAACCAGACGAAACCUAGAAACAUUCCAAAACAGCCUAUCUUAAACAUGAGGCCAAUCAGUUAUUGGGUCACACAUUGUCAGAGUAAAUUGCUGUAAGUUAUUUUAUUGAUUGUCAAGGCAGACAUUUUCUUGGCGUUUUUUGUUCAUUGAUUUUAAUCAUUGAUUUGUACAUUCAUAAUUGGCUCGAGGGUUGAAUACCAUAUUCAUGAUUGUCAGUUGUUUUUUUAUUUAUUUUAUUCAUUAUAAUAUUAUUAUAUAUUAUACAAUAAUUGUUUAUUAUAUUCACACAACUAUUUAUGUUUGAUUGCUGAUUCAGGGCAUUGCUUCUUCAAUACUUAUCAAAAUUUAAAGGGUUUGGACAUUGGAGAUUGGGGAUUGUUAAAUUAAUCAUGAUCUGUACAUUAUGGGCCUGAUCUACUAAGAUCCCAAAUAACAAGCGCUAAACAGCGUGGGCAUUGAUAGACGUUUUGCAUGUGGUCUGCAAAGUGCAAAUGUCGUGCAGACCGCCCUAUUUAAAUGAGGAUUUCACGCAGCUGUCACCAUGGACACACUCAUUUCUCCCCACAUUCAUGAGGAUUUUUUUAUGUUUGGAAAUGCGCAGCAAACAAUGUACCACUUUUUCUGGGCUUUUUAGAAGUGGUCCUGGAAUGCAAUCUACAACAGAACUCACUUUUUAGUACGUAGAGACGCUGGCACUAACUGCGAUUGUGCGCUUGAGAAAAAUAUAGACUCAAAACAGCUCCCGCAAAACAGUUCCCGGUUUGAUAAAUCACAUUGCUAGCGCUAAAUAAUUUUACAUUUGCAUCUCAUCUUCUUACUAUUGUGGGCAUUCUAAUAAUCUGCAUACAUUCUCCAUAUUAAGACAGACACAGAUGGAUUUCACUCCUUAUUUUGUUCAUUUAAAAGACACCACCCUCGUGCACACGCUCAGUAGAUCAGCUUUGCGUGCUAUCAAGUUUGCACGCAAGGCACACCUUGAGUAGAUCAGGCCCUAUGUUGAAAAUCUAUCUAAAUGUGACAGAUCCUACUGUAGGUAGACAGUUCUAGUGGGCGAGAUGUGCUGCAGACGUUUAUGUCAGUUUGACAAUAAUUUACAUUUUUAUACUUUCAAACAAUAAUAAAAGUUUUAAUAGCAGCAAUGUUUUUCUUUCAUUCCAGAACAUUGAAAUCGUCCUCAGGUUUUUUUUGUGUUAUGGGAUGAAGAAGA